CUAUUCGAGCUUAGUUGUUGCCAGCUAUUAAGUCACUUGGAGGAUUCCUUUUCUCGUGCUCGUGAUAUCGAUGACCACUCCUCAAAAAAAGUAGCUUCUAUGUACUAAUCAAUUACCUUUGAAUUGGGGACCUUAGAAAUGGGGCCUUUUUAGUUGGUGGUUUUAUGUUUAUGUUCAUGUUCAUGUUCAUGUUCAUUAGAGAGAAAAUUAUUCUUGUGGAAUUUUACCUCGCCACUUCUAAUUUACUUUCUUUCAUUAAAUAAACAAAAACAGUUACGUACAGCAGUCCUUUGUUUUCUCCUCUCUCUUUGUUUUCUUUUUCUUUUCUUUUCUUUUUUUUUUGAGAUAAUGAUAACAAGUUAUCCGCUUCAACCAUGAUUAUGAACUAUUAAAUUUUUAGGCAAUUGCGUUAGCUGUCAGCUUCGUUUAUUUUUUUUUUCUAAAAAAUAAACUUAAGUAUAAAUAUAAAGUAACUAGAUUUCAAAUUUGAAAUCUCUGACAUCAAACGGUGAGCUCUUAGUCAAGAAUGUUAAUUAAGUACGGUCCGGUUGUUUCGUUCUCCCUCCUGAAAUUUCAUAAAAAAAAAAAAAAGCAAAAAAAGGACUAGUAUGAAUAACAUGUGGUGGGCUUAAAUUUGCCGUAGCUUCCAUGUAUUGUGGGCCGGGCCGGGCCGGUCCGGGUUAGUUAUGUAAUGCGCGGGACUAAACGGAAAUAACUGUUUUUGCAGAGAGUAACAGAAAUAACGGUUUGACCCUCCAUCUAUUACACGAGAGAGAGAGAGAGAGAGAGAGAGAGAGAAAGAGAGAGAGAUAUGAAAGGAAGGAGCGAGAGAGGCAGAGUAAGAGAGCGAGGCGCAGCUCAGAGAGAUGAUAUUGGGUUGUUUUUCAUGCUUCUUCAUCCUCUUCUUCUUCCUAAUUAGCUCUUAUCUCUUCUCCGCGUCUCUUCUCUCUCAUAUGCAUGCCAUCAUGAUUCGAUCUUUUUCACUCUCUUCAUUCUUGAGUUUUUCUCCGGGACGCAUUAUGAUGGUUUCCUUAAGAUCAGAUCGCAUUGCACAACAAUAUUAAAACCCAAUUGAGAUUUCCUCAAUCGAGGAGAGUCGAAUCUGUUUAUGUACUUCUAUUUUUUCGUUUGCCUUUUUUGGAUUUAAUUUGUUUACGAAGCACAGAGUGAUGAUUCUACGUGGGGUGUAUGUAAUUCUUUUGAUCUCUGGGUAGAAUGCGGCCUCAACGCUUUGUUCGGGCUGUAGCAGAGCCGCUUCUUGAGCUUCGAAAGCCAAUGUAUGAUUUCGAGCGCUACAGUGUUUGGCUGUUUAGCUGGGAAUCUGACCGAACUGACGCUAAACUGGAGAUGAGGGACAGCAACCCUCAGGCUACAUUUGAAAUGGACAAGAAGAGAUGUGAGACCUUCCUAGCAGAAAGACAAAUGCUACUACGGAAGCAUGAGACGGAGCAUCAGCAGCUGCCGCUGCUGCGCGUGAAGAAGGGCAUUGAACACUCACAGCUUCGGAAAGCACGGAGCUUAAGAAACCUAUCAUUUGGCAUAGAGCAGUACUUGGACUCUUCGGCAACCAAGGUGGGCUUGUCACAGCCUAGCGAGUGUGAGCGGCUACCAUCCAUGGCAGCACCCUCUCUACAGACCUGGCACUCCGGUGAGGAGCAGUGCUUGGAUCAACCGCCUUAUACACGAACAAGCUCACCACAAGUUGAGCUCCAGCAUGGUUUAUUCAUCUCAGAUGCAUGACUCUGUCCUCUUGGAUCACCUCGAUCCGCUUCACCUGUUGCAGCUUGGUGAUCGAUCAGCCAGGGACAGUUUUUUUUUUUUUUUUUUUUAAACCUUAGUAGUCAUUUCAGGAAAUGCCACUCAGACAUAGAACAUGGUUAUCAGAUUAAACUGCACUUCAUUUCCUACUACAUUUGACAGAAAAGCAAGCACCUUGACUUUGCAUUCACUCGCCCUUACACCGUGGCAUUCAGAUACUGUUCACCCUCAAAUAUUCAUCUUAGCAUGCAGCAUCAGCAUGAUUUCCAUCCACUGGUUUAGUAGUGAUUGGAAUAGGUGAGAGAAGGAUUAAAAUGUAAAUGAUACAUGCACUGUGACCCCUUUUUUCUUUUUCUUUUUUUUUUUCCUUCGCAUAAUUCUUUCAUUUCACACCAUGUAUCAAAUAUAUUCUGGAAGAACAUUUAUGGA